AUGACAAACAAGAAACUCAGCGAGAAAUUGCCGCAGCCAGGCGAAAGCGUUAUCACAAAAAAAGCCGAGUACGAGGUAGUGAGAGCAACCGAAUGUUAUAAAUUUUUUCACUUCUUCCGCAUGCUUAUGUUUGCCCAAGCUGCUUGCGCGGUUCUCUUAAUGGACUGUACGGUGUUACGUGGCGCGCAAACGCUUGGAAGCAAGCAUUUUUGCGAAAUAAUUGAUCGAGGAAAGCAACCUGAUCGCUUCAGAUUUCUUAUCAUGAAACUAGUAAAUUUGUUUUGCAAAAUCUAUUUUCAAAACUUCGACAUUUCAAAUCCAUAUUUGAAAAUUCUGUCAUAGAU